UCUGUGGGAAACGGAUGACUUCAUUGGCUGUACGUAACACAGGGGUAUUUCCGUUUGGUUGCCUCCUCAAACUAGACAAGACCAUCCCAAAACGUCUCGGUUUGACUGUUUGUUGUAUGCUAAAUAAAUAAAAGGCUAUUUGGGGUUGCUGAAAGAUUUGACGUGUUAACUGUCGCGCCGUUGCCACAUUGAUGCAGUCAGAGGAUGAGCUGAAGGACUGAAGUGAACGCGUAUCCCAACCGUCAAAGUGGCUCCAUUGUUGCAACGAGACAACUGUGCGUUAUUCAGUUUUUGGGUUUGUUAAGAGACAAGCUGAGCUGACCUCAGAGAACAUCUCCAGAUAAUAUACCCUACCCAUGGAUUCAUACAGGCUUGUGUAUGCGGUGCUUCUCUGCACUUUGGCGGUGCACUGCAAGCCAACGUUACGCAAAGAACGGGUUCAUCAUGACCAGGCAGAACUGAGCAAACGGCCGCAUGAGGACAACAACAGCUUCAAGUACGACCAUGAGGCCUUUCUAGGCAAAGAGGACGCCACCACGUUUGACCAGCUCACCCCCGAAGAAAGCAAAGACCGGCUGGGUAAAAUCGUGGACCGGAUCGACGGGGAUGGGGACGGCUACAUCACCACGAGCGAGCUGAAGGCCUGGAUCAGGAGGGUGCAGAAGCGCUACGUCUACGAGAACGUGGCCAAGGUGUGGAGCGACUACGACCUGAACAAGGACGACCGCGUGUCCUGGGAGGAGUACAAGCAGGCCACCUAUGGCUAUUACCUCUCCAACCCGGAGGAGUUCGAGGACGAGACGGACCAGUUCAGCUUCCGGAAGAUGCUGCCGCGCGACGAGAGGCGGUUCCACGCGUCCGACGUGAACGGCGACCAGACGUCCGACCGCGAGGAGUUCACGUCCUUCCUCCACCCGGAGGAGUUUGACCACAUGAAGGACAUCGUGGUUCAGGAGACCUUGGAGGACAUAGAUAGGAAUGGCGAUGGACAUGUGGACGAAGACGAAUAUAUCGCCGACAUGUUUGCCCAUGAGGAAGGCGGGCCGGAGCCGGACUGGGUCAAAACGGAGCGGGACCAAUUCUCAGACUUCCGGGACCUGAACAAGGAUGGCAAGAUGGACCAGGAGGAGAUCCGCCACUGGAUCCUCCCCAAGGACUAUGACCACGCCCAGGCCGAGGCCAGACACCUGGUGUACGAGUCAGACCUGGACAAGGACAAGAUGCUGACCAAGGAUGAGGUCCUGGAGAACUGGAACAUGUUUGUGGGCAGUCAGGCCACCAACUACGGAGAGGACCUGACCAGGAACCACGAUGAGUUCUGAAGCGCUGGUGCAGCUCCCGGUGGGCAUGGGACAGGGGCUAUCAAACAGUACUUCAGGCGUGGAAUUUGGUUGGCUCCAGGGACGAGUAAAGAUGCCAAUGAGAGAAGCUGGAUUGGAUGACGGUCUCAGCACUGACAUUAAGGAACUCUUCAGUGGCACCACUCUGUUCCUGACAUUCAGGAGCAGAGCCGACUCAGGGGUUUAUUCAGAAUGGCAUCAAUAGUUUGUCUCCCAGAGUCGGUGUUGGCUCAACUGUCUUACUGUCAACUGAUGUAUGUAGGUGUGGUCCGUAAAAAACGAUCCAGGCUGAACUCUGGAUGACCAAGCGGCUACAGCUAAGGUUUCUUUGUUUGAUGACCUCAAUGUGAAAAGCACAGCCCGGAGAACUCUUUCUGAUCCUAUUUAUUGACUUCUUUCAGAGGAUGAGCUCCAGGUGCAACUAAUCAUUUCACUUUAUAGUGUGGUUUUGUUUUAUUUAUUUACACAUUUACACAUUUCUAAACACGUUUAUUCAGCUUUGUUUGAUCGUCUUCCUGUAGUUCAAAUGUUAUGGGAGGUCUUAGUGAAUGGCAUGCCCUUUACAUGUUUUUCUUUUUAUCUAGAGAUUUCCUGUUCUUAUUUUGUGUUUGUGUGUAUUUAUUCCUUCACUGAAGGUCAGCAUAUACAUUGUUUUAAUGUAGAUGACCUACAUUGAGGGUGUCGCUGCAGGAAAUGCAAAUGAAAGAGCUUCACCUGGCGACGUAGACAAGGACCUUCUACUUCCUAUCCCAUUCAUUUCUGUUCUGGCAGUUGUAUGAAUUUACUGUACUUGUAUGGAGCCUGAUAUUGAAAAUGAAAUAACCUAAAGUAACAUGCAUUUAAGUCUGACAUUUUUAUAUUUUUGUAAUUAAUCUUGUUGGUGAGUAAAGGAAGUUUGAAAAAUA